GUGAGAAGGAUGCUUCCUUUUGGAAAGAAACAAAAAAAAAAAAAAAAACUACAGACGCCAGUAGUGAGCGUUAUUACUUUAGUUUAAUUUUGCCUGCAUUUACAGCUGAGGUUAUUAUUCAUGCGAUUUAGCUGAGAAACCCACAGAGGCUGAAAAUGCUGGCUAAAUUUUCAAACCCCGCCCAGCCGCCACGUCAAAGACUUAGCCAGGAGCCCAUAAACGAGCGCACCCCGUGGUCACACUGACAGACUGUCGGUGAGAUAAACAAAGAGCCGGCGACUUUCCUGGACAACAGUUGACGCUCCUCAAGCUUCUCGGCAACAUGGAAACUGGUUUGAGUCAAGAGAAGGUAGCAACCUUUGUUAAGCGGAUGCGGUCUGAGCCGCGUUAUCUGCUGGCCCAGAAUGUGUCAACCUGCAUCGACCCGUUGGAGGUUUGUCUUCACCGGCAGACUGUACAGGAUACUGUGCACAUCUUCCAGCACUCUAUCCCCACAGAGGGCAAGCCCAUCACCAACCAGAAAAACUCAGGGAGAUGUUGGAUCUUCUCGUGCCUCAACGUCAUGCGACUGCCCUUCAUGAAAAAGUUUAACAUAGAAGAGUUUGAGUUUAGUCAGUCCUAUCUAUUUUUCUGGGACAAGAUCGAGCGUUGUUACUACUUCCUUCAAGCCUGUGUGGAGACGGCACAGAGGAAGGAGCCAGUGGAUGGACGCCUGGUCCAGUUUCUUCUCUCCAAUCCAACAAAUGAUGGAGGGCAGUGGGACAUGCUGGUCAAUCUCAUUGAGAAGUAUGGCGUCAUUCCAAAGAAAUGCUUCCCAGAGUCACACAGCUCAGAGGCCUCACGCAGAAUGAAUGACAUCCUCAAUCAUAAGCUGAGAGAAUACUGCCUAAGACUGAGGAACAUGGUGGCCAGCGAUGCCAGUAAAGGCGAACUGUCUGAAGCUAUGGACAGCAUGAUAGAGGAGGUUUUCCGAGUGGCCAGUGUUUGUCUAGGCAGCCCUCCUGAGACCAUCUGUUGGGAGUACAGGGACAAGGAUAAGAACUUCAAUCGCAUGGGACCGCUCACUCCUCAGGAGUUCUACAGGAAGCAUGUGAAACCCCUAUACAACAUUCAGGACAAAGUCUGCCUUGUAAAUGACCCUCGACCCCAGAAUCCUUAUGGAAAGCUGUACAGUGUUGAGUUCUUGGGUAACAUGGUUGGUGGUCGCAGCACUCUGUACAACAACCAGCCCAUCCAGCUACUGAAAAAAGCUGCAGCUGAGUCCAUAAAGGAUGGAGAGGCUGUGUGGUUCGGUUGUGACGUUGGGAAACAUUUCCACAGCAAGCUGGGCAUUAAUGACAUGAAUGUGUUCAACCAUGAGCUUGUGUUUGGGGUUUCAGUGAAGAACCUUUCAAAGGCAGAGAGACUGAUAUAUGGCGACUCUCUCAUGACCCAUGCAAUGAUUCUCACCGCUGUCACAGACAAGGAUGGAAAAGAAGGCUAUGAAAAGUGGAGGGUGGAAAACUCCUGGGGUGACGACCGUGGCAACAAAGGUUACCUGAUAAUGACGGAUGACUGGUUCUCUGAGUAUGUUUACGAGGUGGUGGUAGACAAGAGGUUCCUGACCGAUGAUGUCCUGGAAGUGAUGCAACAGGAUCCCAUCGUACUUCCUGCCUGGGACCCGAUGGGAUCCCUGGCAUAGCUAGAGAAAUCUAGGUUUUAGCCCCACCCUCUGGUCAAUUUGACUCCGCCCUAUUCCUCAGCUGCUUUUACCUCUCCAACAUUUCCCCAACACCUCCUUCUAAAACGGCCUGUACUUCUAGAAAAAAUAAUAAAGAUUUUGUUUUCUUUUUUACCAGAC